UAGCGACAAGACUUUUAUUUUGGUCUGGCGAUGUGACGUCAUAAGGCUGCGCGCGCUCCCGCGUCUGUGAUUCAACUGAAGAAAGGAGAAAGUGUCCAAACACACAGAAAAACUCCUGCUGAAGCGACUGAGAUCCACGUGACACACCGUUAUAAAGAUGGUGUUUAUUAAAGAUGAGAGUGAAGACAUGAAGAUUGAAGAAACAUUCAGAGUCAAACAUGAAGAUACUGAGGAACAAACAGACCUGAUGGCACUGAAAGAGGAGAGUCAAGAACUGAAUGAAACGGAAGAGAAAGAUCAGAAUGAGGAACAUCAUGAUUUCAAAACUGAAGAAAAAUCAACAAGUUGCUCACUGACUGAAAAGACUUCCUCACCAAAAAAAGCUCAAAAAACACAAAACCUUAAUUCCCAAAUGAGAAUUCAUACUGGAGAGAGACCUUACACCUGCCAACAGUGCGGAGAAAUGUUCAAUCAAAAAGGAUGCCUUAAAGUCCACAUGAAAAUUCACAUUGAAAAGAACCCGUUAAUAUGCCCUCAGUGUGGAAAAUGUUUUACACUGAAAAAAACCCUUAAGGCUCACAUGAGAAUUCACACUGGAGAGAGACCUUACACCUGCUCUCAGUGUGGAAAGAGUUUUACACGGAAAAGUCAUCUUAAAGCCCACAUGAGUAUUCAUUCUGGAGAGAAACCUUACACCUGCAAACUGUGUGAGAAGAGUUUCACACGAAAUGGAAAUCUUACGUCUCACAUGAUAAUUCACAUUGAAAAGAAGUCAUUAAUAUGCUCUCAGUGUGGAAAGUGUUUUUUACAGAAAAAAACCCUUAAUGCCCACAUGAGAGUUCACACUGAAGAGAAGCCUUUCACCUGCCCUCAGUGUGGAAAGAGUUUCAGGCACAAAGGAACCCUGAAGACUCAUAUAAGAAGUCACACCGGAGAGAAUCCAUUCUCAUGUGAUCAGUGUGGAAAGAGUUACAGAUAUAAAGAAAACCUUAAUAAUCACAUGAAGACUCACUCAAGAGUGAAGAGUUUUAAAUGUCAUCAGUGCAAAAGGAGUUUCACAGACAGGAAACAUCUUAAGAAUCAUGUUAAAAUUCACAUCGGAGAAAAGCCUUUCAUGUGCCAUCACUGUGGGAAGAGUUGCUCAAAAGAAAGAAGCCUCCAGGUUCACUUGAGAAUUCACACUGAAGAGAAACCUUUCACCUGCGAACAGUGUGAGAAGAGUUUCAGGACUAAAGGAAACCUUCAGAUUCACACGGUAGUUCACACUGGAGAGAAGCCUUACAAGUGUCUUCAGUGUGAGAAGAGUUUCACAAGUCAAAGCAACAUGACACGUCAUUUGAAAACUCAUUCUGGGAAGAAACAGCCAUUUUCCUCAGAGUGACAAGGUUUAGAUAAAGGAGUCAUUUCUACAGAGCCCUGGCACUGUAGUCACACCAGCCCACCCACGGACACGCUUAUUCAUUUGUGUACAGAUGGCGAAAUAAUAUAAGCAGUACUGUAUGUAACAGAUAUUUAAAUAUUCAAUGUAUGUGACUGGCAAACAAUGCUUACUACUGUAAAGUUGAUUACAAACCCAAAGUACAUUUGUGUGUCACUG